CACGACGUAAAAAGCAGCUGGAGUGCGGACCUGUCCUGAUGCAUUAAUCACUAGCAGACACAAAAUAUACCAGUGGCAAAGUUAAUUGGAUGCUGUUGAGUAAAUAACAUCGACAUUCCCUGGCAAACAUGGCUAUAGAGAAAUUGCAUCUUGAGGAUGCGUUGGAAGAUAGUCCACAGACUCGUAGUCUGCUAUCUGUGUUUGAGAAAGAUGCUAUGGCCCUAAAGAAAUACACAACAGGUCUACACAACUGCUGUCAACGAAUCAUGAAAGCUCAGAAUGAAUUGUGUGCAGCCACGCAAUCAUUAUCACAACACCUGAGGGAUUUUGAAAUACAGAAAUUCCCAUUAGAAUCUGAUGACAGUGUAUUAAGUUCUACCCUGAAACAAUUCUCUAGUUAUCUAGAUGAUGUGAGCUCCAUACAACAGGUUCUUUCUGCACAGUUCUCUGAGACAAUGAUGUACCCUUUGUCUAGAUUUUUACAGGCAGAUUUAGAAGAAGUAACAACACUAUGUGAGAUGUUCCAAUUAGCAAGUAAUGAACAUGACAGUGCCAUGAGCCGGUACAUGAGAUUACCUAAAAAGAAGGACAGUGAGAGACACAGACAAGAAUGCGGAGAAGAACUCUACCUCAUGAGGAAGAAAUUUCAUCAG